UGGAAAUCAAGGGUUGUGGCUGAGGGGUAAGUGAGCGCACAAGCUGAUAGCGAAUGGGUUCAAAGUUGAUGUAAAUUACAUAGUUUGUGGCACGUUUCGGACUUGUUCUCCGCUAGGAAGCAAAGAUUUAUUUCAGGGGGACGACAGGAUUUUCUUAAUAUGAGUGAUGAUAAACCUUUCCUGUGUACUGCUCCUGGCUGUGGACAGAGAUUUACAAAUGAAGACCACUUGGCCGUCCACAAACACAAACAUGAGAUGACCCUGAAGUUUGGCCCAGCAAGAAAUGACAGCGUCAUCAUUGCUGACCAGACCCCGACGCCCACCCGCUUUUUGAAGAACUGCGAGGAGGUUGGCCUCUUCAAUGAACUUGCGAGUCCAUUCGACCAUGACUUCAAAAAAGCCACUGAAGAUGACAUUAAAAAGUUACCACUGGAUUUAUCACCUCUUGCAACACCUAUCAUACGCAACAAAACCGAGGGACCUACAGCUAUGGACGCACAUCGAGAUAGUCCCCUGCCUCACCCUGAGUCCACUACAAAUGAUGACAAGGACUUAUCUUUGCAGCCAGCCUCACUGCCAACAUCCACUAUAGUCCAUCCUGCAUCCCUCCAAGUUCCCAAUGUACUUCUAGCAACCUCAGAAGCUAAUGUUGUAAUACAGCAAGCUCUCCCAUCGCCAACAUCUAGCUCUGUUAUUACCCAAGUCCCAUCCACUAAUAGGCCUAUAGUUCCAGUGUCGGGCACUUUUCCUGUGCUCUUACAGCUGCCUAACGGCCAGACCAUGCCAGUUGCUAUACCUGCGUCUAUUACAAGCUCAAGUGUACAUAUUCCAGCUACAAUCCCUCUUGUCAGACCUGUCACCGUAGUGCCUAACGUCCCCGGGAUCCCAGGACCUCCCUCGCCACAGCCACAGCCACAGCCACAGCCACAGCCACAGCCACAGCACAUCCAAUCAGAAGCAAAGCUGUUAUCUUCACAGAAAGUGAAAGCCACACUGAGCCAGCAGCUUCCUCAGGUAACCAAUGGAGAUGGAGCUGAAGUCCAGAGUAACGCUGUCACCCACACCGCUGCUCCAGCUUCGCCUGCUCCAACCCCGACUCCAGCCCCGACCGCAGUUCUGACUCCCGCUCCAGCGCCUCACCUACCCACUACUGAGGAACCAUCUCCCCACUCCCUUCAACAGCCCGCCACCUCCACCACAGAGACGCCUGCUUCCCCAGUGCCCCCAGUGCAAAACCCUCCAAGCACAGGAGGCCGGCGACGCAGAACCACAAGCGAAGACCCCGAUGAGAAGAGGCGCAAGUUCUUGGAGCGUAACAGGGCCGCUGCCUCUCGCUGCAGGCAGAAGAGGAAAGUGUGGGUCCAGUCUCUGGAGAAGAAAGCCGACGACCUCAACUCCAUGAACGGACAACUACAGAACGAAGUCACCCUGCUGAGAAACGAAGUGGCUCAGCUGAAGCAGCUUCUUCUGGCUCAUAAAGAUUGCCCUGUAACCGCCAUGCAGAAGAAAUCUGGCUAUCACAUCUCCGACAAAGACGACAGCUGCGAGGAGAUGUCCGUCCCCGGCAGCCCGCAGAACGAGGCCAUCCAGCACAGCUCCGUCAGCACCUCCAACGGGGUCAGCUCCUCCUCCACGACCCCGGCCGUCUCCACGCCGUCCGGCGCCGCCGCCGCCGCCCCCUCCAACCAGAGCACAGAGAGGAGCCAGCCGCGCCGGGGCGCCACCAAGUCCCAGCCUUCGGGGAGCUGAUGGUCCCAAACCGUGCCUGAGCGCCAGCACCGGGGCGCUGCUGCCUCCUGGAUCAGAGUGGAAGGAUUCUCUCUCAUUACAUCCUGUUGUUCGUUUAUUCUUGAUGGCUUUUUUUUUUCCAUUUGGUCGUAGUAUAUGUUCUUGAAAAUGCAAUUAAUGAAGACAAAAGAAUGCGCACUUUAGGUGUUUAGGAGUGUUAAAAAUGUGAUUCUGGAAUUGAUUCUGUGAUUCUGUUUUUGUAUUUAUGUGACUUAUUUAUCAAUUGUACAGAUUUUUUUAAUUUAUUUAAAAGCAAAUCAGCCUGAAUGGUUGAUCAGUGAAUUGUUAGACUUUACCAAAGUGUGUUAAUUUGAAAUUACUUUGCUUGUUUGUUUUCAUACAUUUUUAAGCACUACCUUUAUGAUGUAACUGCAUAAAGUCAGAUUAUUUAAUAAUUUUCUAUUUUGCACAUUAUGAGAGAUGACGGGUUUACCUUCUCUGAGUCUGACAGUCCACAAGUUAUGUGCCGGCAGCUUUUUCAGAAGUACAUUUGAAUACUGUCACACCACACAAAUGUAAAUGGCUGGAUCCGAUUUUCAAGUUGACAGAGAUCAGCUUUAGUUGCAUUUUACACUUUGAAUGUUUGCGCUGACCUCCGCUUGUAAAAUAGUCUGAAGGAGGUGAACGGGUCAUAAGUGUGAGUUCAUUGACAUUCCAUCUGUAGUCGGGCUGUUGCUGAAGCAGUGAUUGUAGGGUUGCAGUACCUUUUCCAUUUCUCAAUUUUAGUGAUGUUGACUUCAUUCAGUGCCAUUACUGUUUUGUAUGAAUUUUUACUGCAGAUUGUCUGAUUGCUGAUCUCUCAGAUUAAGAGUCUCAUAAACAUCAAGGUGCAGUAGAGGAGGUGUCUUGCUUUAUAAACUGUCUUUGCUUUUUAGGUGACUGUUUCUGGCUUUACCGUCUCAUGCAGAGCAAUUAAGGACAUUCUGCUCUUUUAAUGAUUGAAGUUUUAGAUGAUGUUUUUAGAAAACAUUGUAAAUAACAUCAAUGAUACAUUGUAUGUGAUCUUUUUAGGUGUUACCUAUUGAGUUUUUUAUAGGAUUGUCUGGAUUCAGUAGCUGAGCCUUUUCAAUCACAUUAAGUCUGAUAGCAGUUAAAACCAAUCUUGAAGAUCCUUUAGUCAUUAGGAUAGAAAUCUCCCUGACUCUAACAUUGUUAUGUCAGAUUGAAGCAUUCAGAUGGGACCUGGAAGCUCAUUGUGUAUAUUAGAGUAACACUACUACUGCUUUGUAAGAAUUGUGAACAUUUCAUCAGUGAAAUAAUUAUAGGAAACAAAUCGCACCAUGAAGUCAAUUUGCCUUUUCUCUUAGUCUGUACUGGCUUACUACUGUGUAGUUUUACAAGAAGUUGACAUAUUGUUUUCUUAAAGUAUGUUUUUUUUAAAUAUAUUUUUCUGUAUGUGCUAUCUGCAUGAGAUAACGAUUCUCUGCGAGAAUUUAACUGUUUAUUUAAUAAUGUCUCAGUCAGAUAAAUAUCAUUAAAUAAGUUGAUUCAACUUGAGUUGUGGCUCUAAGUUCCUGAAAUCUUUGGUCAUUAGUUUAACCUUGGCUCAACCGCUAAAUAAAGGCGUGUGAUACUGUGUUGAAAGUGUUCCUGUAACUUGUGAAAACCCUGUUUAAGAUUUGAAUUGAUAAGUUGUUGUAAUAAACCUUUUAAUAUCUCUUUAA